AGGCGUGAGGGCGUCCGGCCUGGUGGGGAGAGCGGGGCGGGGGGACGUCGGGACCCCGGCGGAAGCCCAGCCCGGCAGGCGGGGGUAAAGGGCAGCCCUGCUCCCUUCCCGGCGGCCGGGCUCGCGGGCACUGUCCGACUCCCCCCGCGAGGAGGCCGGUCGCCCGGCUCCCUUUACGCCGCCGCCCCUCCCGCUUCUGGGUCUGCCCGCGUUCGGCUUCUGCUGUGGGGCCCGGCUCGUGGGCCCAGCCCCCAUCGCCGAGAGCGGGGACCCACCGCUCGCCCUCAGGCCGGUGGGCGCUAAGCUGCUGCUGUCCGGCGCCCUGAGAAGCAGCCUCAGUGGCCACUAUAAUCAUGAAGACAAAAAAAAGAAAUAAGUUUAAGACUUGCUUUAAAUUGAAACAAAAGGGUAUCAAGGUAAUAGGAAAAUGGAAACCCAUAGAAAUUGACCCAAAUCUGUUUGCUGAUGAGCAGCUUGGAGAUUUAGUGUGUUUUGAGGAGCUUACAGAUUAUAAAUUGGUGAAUUCUUCCAAAGUUGGAAAAGAAAAAGGAAAGAAGAGAAAAUCUGAUAGUGUUUCUGAAGAGGAGGAAGAAGAUUCUACCAUCCAGAAAAAAAAGAGAAAGAAAGACAAAGAGCUGGGAACAAGGGCAAGUAAAAAUUAUAAUCUUAAAGUGGAGCAAGAUGAAAUGGUAAUUGAUCAAGAGGACAAACCUAAAGACACCAUCAAGUUGUGUGGUUAUGAGGAAGAUGAAUGUGAAUCAGGAGGCACCGCAACCAAAGAAAAAACUUUGAAGAAAAAGAAAAAAAAGAAAGUGAAAAAGAAGGUGUUUCCAUCUGAGAAAGCUGAUCUACCAGCAAAGUCUUCUAAAAAGGUUAAAAAUUGGACCACGGGAGUUCUGUCUGCCUCAUCUGAUCAAAAAACAGAUGUGUCUGCAUGGAAAGACCUCUUUGUUCCUAAGCCGGUUCUGCAGGCGUUGAGCUAUCUAGGAUUUAGUGCUCCAACUCCUAUUCAAGCAUUAGCCCUGCCUUCUGCAAUCAGAGAUAAUAUGGAUGUUCUUGGUGCUGCAGAAACAGGAAGUGGGAAAACACUCGCGUUUGCAAUUCCAAUGAUCCACUCUGUGCUACGGUGGCAAGAAUCAACAAACAGAAGCAACAAUGCUACUGAAGAGCCUCUCUGUGAUGAUGAAGACAAACCAGAAUGGGAAAGUGAUGAUAAAACAAACCCUAAGCACCUAAACCCUAAGCAGGAUGAAGAUAGUGGGAGUGAUGAUGGUGUAGAUGAAUCUUGCACAAUAGGUUGCGUAAAGGUGCUGGAAAAUGUAGAAUUUGAUUUUGGUGCCAACAAACGUGCUGCGGACUUGAAUAAAAACAGGCCUCUUUUAGGGCUGGUGCUGACUCCCACAAGGGAACUAGCUGUACAAGUAAAACAUCAUAUUGAUGCUGUGGCCAAAUUUACAGGCAUUCAGACUGCAAUUCUAGUUGGUGGAAUGGCUGCUCAGAAACAGGAACGAGUAUUGAAUCAGAAGCCAGAAAUUGUAAUUGCAACCCCAGGUCGUCUAUGGGAGCUAAUUAAAGAGAAACACCCACAUCUCUCAAGUCUCCGGCAGCUCAGGUGCCUUGUGAUUGAUGAAGCAGACCGAAUGGUCGAAAGGGGACAUUUCUUAGAACUCUCUCAGUUGCUCGAAAUGUUAAAUGAUUCACAAUAUAAUCCUCAACGUCAGAUUUUUGUGUUUUCUGCCACACUGACUUUGGUCCAUCAGGCUCCCACAAGAGUUUUACAAAAGAAAUAUGCUAAAAAAAUAGAUCAGAAGACCAAACUGGAAAUGCUAAUGGAAAAAGUGGGGAUAAGGGGCAAACCUAAAGUGAUAGACUUAACAAGAAAAGAGACCACUGUAGAGACUCUGACCGAAACCAGGAUCCACUGUGACAUGGAUGACAAAGACUAUUACCUCUAUUAUUUUUUGCUUCAGUACCCAGGAAGAACCAUGGUCUUUGCAAACAGUAUAGACUGCAUAAAACGCCUUAGUGCACUCCUCACAAUCCUGGAUUGUAACCCCCUGCCUCUGCAUGCAAACAUGCACCAGAAGCAAAGGUUAAAAAACCUGGAAAGGUUUGCUGAGAGAGAGAACUGUGUCCUUUUGACAACAGAUGUUGCAGCUCGUGGUCUGGAUAUUCCUAACGUGCAGCAUGUCAUCCAUUACCAGGUUCCACGCACUUCUGAGAUUUAUGUGCACAGAAGCGGCAGAACAGCUCGAGCUGCCAACGAAGGCCUUAGCUUGCUGUUGAUUGGCCCUGAUGAUAUGAUAAAUUUUAGGAAGAUUUAUAAGACAUUGGAGAAAAAUGAAGAGCUUCCAUUUUUCCCAGUUGAAACAAAAUGCAUGUUUGCUAUCAAGGAGCGGGUGAAUUUAGCAAGGCAGAUUGAAAAGGUAGAAUAUUACAACAGCCGGGCAAAACAGCACAACUCUUGGUUCCAGCAAGCUGCGGAGGCUCUUGAAAUUGAUCUCGAUGAUGAUGUCCUUAUAGGAGGACAAUCGAAUGAGCAAGAAGAGAGUCAGAAGCAAAAGAUGCUGAAGGGAAUGAAAAAACAGCUGAAACAUUUGUUAUCACAACCAGUAUUUAAAGUCCUUCUGAAGACUAAAUAUCCAACACAAUCUGGAAAGCUACUACUCCCUCAUUCACCAGUGAGCAAUUCAGAAUCUGCUCUGAGCACUGUAUCAAAACAACAAGCAAAGAGGAGGAAGAAAAAAAUUAAUUACAGAUGAAUUAGAUAAAUGAUCAGUUGCACCAUGGGGUGUGGGAGAGGGGAGACCAUUUUUCCUUAGAUCUGGAUUACAUUCAUCCAUGACUGCUUAUACAAUGAUGCAGAACAAAACACCUAGUACCAUGUGGGUGGACAUUCUAGACAAACAGCUCCUACAUAUUGUUUGUACUGGCACGCUUUGGAAAAUUAAGCUAAAU